CUGUUCAGCGGUUAUGGAUGACAAGCCCAGUCCUGGAGCCGUAAGUGAGAGUUCAGAACAUCUCUUCUCCUUUGGAGUUAUAGCAGAUAUUCAAUAUGCUAACUUAGAAGAUGGCUAUAAUUACCAAGGAACCAGAAGAAGAUACUACAGACACAGUCUUCUUCACUUGCAGGGUGCUAUUGAACACUGGAAUAGAGAAAGCAGUCCACCCUGUUGUGUCCUUCAGCUUGGAGAUAUCAUUGAUGGCUACAAUGCGCAGUAUAAAGCAUCAGAAAAGUCACUAGAACUUGUUAUGAACGUGUUCCAAAGGCUUAAAGUCCCAGUUCAUCACACGUGGGGAAAUCAUGAAUUCUAUAACUUCAGCAGAGACUAUUUAACAAACUCUAAACUGAACACAAAGUUUCUAGAAGACCAGAUUGAACACCAUCCAGAAACUGUGCCUACGGGGAGUUUUUACGCUUACCAUUUUGUUCCAUUCCCUAAAUUCCGGUUCAUUUUACUCGAUUCUUAUGACUUGAGUGUCUUGGGCGUGGACCAGUCCUCUCCAAAAUACCAGCAGUGUCUGAAGAUGCUGAAGGAGCACAAUCCAAAUAUGGAAUUGAAUAGUCCUCAAGGUGAAUUAUUCCUUUGAGCUGAGAGUCUAAUACAUUGUCUUUAAAUUCUUCAGCUACCUUUUAUUCGGCAGGAAGAUGGAUGACUAAGGUAAAAGUAUAUUGUCACUGUUGUUCAGGGUCAGGAUUUCUCACAAGCCUCAUGGCACAUG